AGGCGAUACGUUUGCAAGUACGAAGGAUGCGAAAAGUGCUUCCUUCGAGGCGAACAUCUGAAGAGGCAUAUCAGGAGCCUCCACAUGCUACAAGCCUCCCUAGCUUAUAAAUGUCUGAAAAAAGGCUGCCUGAGGUCUUUCAGCAGGAAAGACAAUCUGAAGCAGCAUAUGAGUAUC